UCAGUGUGUACGUUACACUCGCAGACGACACUCUCCCGACUAUAUUAUAAACCGAUCCGUAGAAUCCUAUAUAAAUAAAAACAAAAAUGAUGCGACAAAGAAAAUUCGCCAAUUUAACCCAUAUAUUUGCACGCCCACAACGUCAUUAUCAUAGUGAAAAGGGCGUGUGGGGCUAUAAACCGGUUGCUAAACGAAAUUAUCAAGUGGCCGAGGAUGUGCGGGAGGCGAGGAACUCACAGGCGAAUGUCUAUCGUUGGGUAGAGGCUUUUCGCCAGCAUGGACACAAAUUGGCAGCCGUAAAUCCCAUCAGCAUCAAAGCGACCAACAGUCAGAGCGAGCUGCAGGAAUUAAAUCCCGCAUUUUAUGGACUGCAGACGCAGGAGACGGUGCGCACCGUUGGCCUCUUAAGUGCUCCACAGGCGGCCCAGAAUGUUGGCCAACUGGAACAGCUGCUAAAGGGCAUUUACUGUGGAAGUUCGGCCAGUGCCGAGUUUUCAUAUGUCGAGAAUUUGGAAGAGCGCGAAUGGUUGGCCAAGAAUUUUGAGUCACUUAACACGGAGCAGCUGCUGCCUGACCAGGAACGUUGCGAAAUCGCCGAGCUGUUAAUUAAGUCACAAGCUUGGGAUAAUUUCAUGGCGCUUAAAUUUCCGACUGUAAAGCGAUAUGGAGGCGAAGGUGCCGAAUCCAUGUUGGCCUUUUUUUGGCAGCUGCUGCGCGACAGUGUACAAGAGAAUAUUGAGCAUGUGGUGUUGGCCAUGCCACAUCGUGGACGAACCUCCCUGCAGGCGGCGUUACUUCAAAUGCGGCCAGCAAAAGUUUUCCGCAAACUCAGCGGCGCAUCAGAGUUCCCCGACAAUGUUGAGGGGGCCAUGUCGGACGUCAUAAGUCAUUUCCAUGUUUCCGAGGAGCUGCAGGUGCUAGGCAAGAGCAUCAACUUUAGCAUGGUGCGCAAUCCCUCGCAUCUAGAGGCUGCCAAUCCAGUGGCCAUGGGUAAAACACGCUCCAAGCAGCAGGCACGUGGUGAAGGCGCCUUUGGCAAGAGUCCAGAUGGUUCCUUUGGUCAAUAUGUUCUCAACGUUAUCCUCCACGGGGAUGCCGCAUUUGCCGGCCAGGGUAUUAAUCAAGAAUGCCUGACCAUGGCCUAUGUACCGCAUUUUGAAGUUGGCGGCAGUUUGCAUUUGAUUGUCAACAAUCAGGUGGGUUUUACCACCCCUGCGGCACGGGGACGCUCAACUGACUACAGCUCGGAUUUGGCAAAGUCCAUACAAGCACCUGUCUUCCAUGUCAAUGGCGAUGAUCCGGAGACUUUGGCUCGGAUUACAAAUUUAGCUUUUCGCUAUCAAAGAAAAUUCCGCAAGGAUAUUUUUAUUGAUUUGAAUUGUUUCCGUCGCUGGGGCCAUAAUGAAUUGGACGAUCCGACAUUUACCAAUCCGUUGGUCUAUAAAAUUGUUCACCAACGUGAAUCUGUGCCCGAUAUGUACACCAAAAAACUGGACGAGGAGGGAGUACUAAGUGCUGAGCAAGCAAAGCAAAUGCGUGAUAACUAUAUGGCCCAUCUGGGUGAAGAGUUGGCCUUGGCUGCUACCUACCAGCCGCCGCCUUCGUACUUUGAGAAACAAUGGGCUGGACUACAAUUGGCACCAAGCAAAGAGCUCACAUAUUGGGAUACAGGUCUGGAUUAUGGCCUACUCCACUAUAUUGGGCAACAAAGUGUUGCGUAUCCUGCCGACUUUAAUAUUCAUCCACAUUUGCUGAAGACUUAUGUAACUGCCCGCCUCAAGAAGCUGAAAACUGGGGUUAAGAUCGACUGGGCUACUGCCGAAGCCUUGGCCAUUGGAAGCCUAAUGUAUCAAGGACACAAUGUGCGCAUCAGUGGUGAGGAUGUGGGCCGUGGCACCUUCUCGCAUCGUCAUGCCAUGCUGGUGGAUCAGGAGACAAACGAAAUGUUCAUACCCCUAAAUAAUCUUGAGGGUGGUCAUGGCGGUAAAUUGGAGAUAGCCCAUAGUAUUUUGUCGGAGGAAGCUGUGCUGGGAUUUGAGUAUGGCAUGGCCAUUGAUAAUCCACAAAAUCUUAUCAUCUGGGAAGCACAAUUCGGUGAUUUUGCCAAUGGAGCACAAAUUAUCAUUGAUGCCUUUAUAGUUUCCGGUGAAACCAAGUGGAUGGAAAGCAAUGCCCUGGUGAUGCUUUUGCCACAUGGUUAUGAUGGGGCAGCUUCCGAACACAGUUCAUGCCGCAUUGAACGUUUCCUGCAGCUCUGUGACUCCAAGGAGAACGCCAUCGAUGGUGAUGGCGUCAAUGUGCAUAUUGUAAAUCCCACAACACCUGCCCAAUACUAUCAUGUUCUGCGACGUCAGUUGGCCAGAAAUUUCCGCAAACCCCUGAUUGUUGUGGCACCCAAGACCCUAAUCCGCUUGCCAGCGGCUACCUCCACACACGAAGACUUCCAGCCAGGCACACUAUUCCAUAAUGUUCUCGGUGAUACCACUGUGCCCGCGGAUCAGGUGCGGAAGGUCAUCAUUUGCAGUGGCAAACAUUAUUACAACCUGGUGGAGGAACGUGAGAAACGGCAGGCUUUUGAUACGGCCAUAAUACGUCUGGAAUCCCUUUGCCCCUUCCCAGUGCAAGAGCUGCAGGGUCAGUUGGCCCAGUAUGCCAAUGUGGAAUCCUACAUCUGGAGUCAGGAGGAGCACCGCAACAUGGGUGCAUGGACUUUUGUGCGGCCACGUUUUGAAAAUUUAAUUGGCAACAAGCUCCAGUACUGCGGACGGACGGAGGCUCCCACACCGGCCACCGGCAUUGGCAAAGUGCAUAAACGGGAAGUUGAUGAGAUUGUUGCUGCCCCAUUUGAACUUUAGUGCGCUCAGCCGGAGCCGGAGCCACUUUCCACUAUUCCGCAUUUCCAGCGCCAGCCCGCCAAUAUAUCACAAAGUACUUUUAGCUCAAUAAAACUGCCAAAAAAAAAAACAGAAACCAAAGAGAGGCAAGAAGUAAAACACAAAGCUUACAGCUUACAAAUAAAACGUAAAUGGCACAAAAAAAAAACAGAA